UCAGUUCCGGAAGAAUUUCAACAGACAUCGAGACCUGUCGAUACCCGUUUGUGUUCGGCCACACAUCAGAAUUAUUGGAGGUUUGGCCUGGCGACUCGGCAUAGGACGGAUACCUGCAUACAACGACGUUACGACCUUCUUCUUUGUCACUUCGCGCGUUUACAAGUGGGGGUUAACGGACGACGUUGCUCGGGAGCAAACAGCGAGAUUUCUUCUUGACGAUUUCCCUGUACAAGUAGCCAGUCUUUCGAAUGCUCUCGACACGAUAAUAUUCGGUUCCUUUCUCUUGGCGACGGGUUUCAAACGCACUCCCACGAGACUUGUAUUUUGAAGGACUCAACGAUCCGUUUCAGGCGGCGGAACAAGAGGACGCACUGCCAGUGUGCCCAUGAAAUACCUACGAAGAGCAAUGCGAAGGUCGAAAAUUCGAAAACCGCCCUCGUUGCACGUACACAUAUCAUCGAGAGAAACAUCACCCCGUUGCUCAUCCGUCCUCUCGGACUGGGACGCGGACGACGAAGGCUUCAUGUCUUCAGGAGAUUUCUCGUCAUCGAGGCCUUUGAGUCUAUCGAUACCCACCGGGCCGUACUGCCCCCGACGGCCAACUUUACAAGAGGUGUUGUCAAACACAGCACCACCGCCAUGGACGAUCAGUGCCUUCACGGCCUACCUUUCACAGAACCAUUGUUUGGAGACACUGGAGUUCACGAUAGAGGCCGACAGAUACACCAAGCAAUACCGAGAUAUGGUACAAAAAGAUCCCAUCACUUCCUUGUCUCCCCAGACACCGGACUUUGGAAGCGUCCGAAGUUUAUGGCAGAAAUUGCUAGAUAACUACGUCACCCCGAACGCACCUCGAGAAGUGAACUUACCUUCAGAUAUCCGGGACCACCUGUUAUCACUACCUUACACCGAUCUACCCCCAGAUCCUAUCGCGCUUGAGCCCGCAGUCAAGAUCGUUUACGAGUUGAUGGAUGAAUCAGUCCUUGUCCCUUUCCUCAACUUCGUCGCUCCAUCACGUGGCGCAGAAACCGUCAGCAGCCCUUGGACUUCGAAUGAAUCUAUGCCAGAUACGUAUCUGAGUGGCUCAUUGGACGAAAGGUCAAUGUCUCCAGCAAAGCUACGGCGUCAGCGAGAUGGAAGCCCUCCGUCAAGCGGGACGGGGGCCGAUGCUCUUUCCCAAUCCUACAGCGGCCCUUCAACUCGGCCAUCUCGUCAAUCCAACUUCACCAGCGCUCUAGGGCUGUCGCGCCUCUCGGCAAAUAUCUCUGGGUCUUCUGGAAUAUCGUCAGGUGAGGGAGUAGAGAGUAUGACAGACGACAGUACCGAUUCUCCAUCCCCCUCUGGCUCUGCUCUGGAGCCUAUGACGCCUCCCAACACGCCUCCCACCUCAAACGCAGGAUUUGCGGACGUCUCACCCGGAACGAGCCCGCAAGCCAGCCACAGUGGUUGGAAGAAGAUGGGCGACAAGUUACGAUGGAAGAAGGGUCGAUCAGGCCAUGGCUCAGGAUCUAGUACGAAUAGUUUGCAGCAUCCUAUGAGUCGGGAAGGAAGUGCGGAACCUGGUUUAUGAGGGCGACAGGUCACGUCGUCACCGAAUGACAUUUUUUCUAUUAUCCCCAUUCCAGUUAUAGCUCCUAUGGAACAUCCUGUCGCAGGAUAUUCAAGCCAUCGACAAGAUCACAAGAAGACUGC